AUGGCAAAAGCUAAGGAAGAAUUUGGAGAGGGUGCCAGCCUGGAAGAUGAACUCAGCUGUCCCAUCUGCCUGUGCCUGUACAAGAACCCAGUGUCACUGAGCUGCGGUCACAGCUUCUGCAAGCAGUGCAUCCAGAAGGCACUCGGUGCCCAGCAGCAAUCCAAAGCCCCUUACUCCUGUCCCAUGUGCAAGCUCCAGCUGGGGCCCAUCCUGGAGCUGCAGAAGAAUUUCCAACUAUGCAACAUUGUGGAGGCAUUUAUAGCCACCGCUUCCAAAGAACAGGGCAAGGGCUCUGCAGAGGGGAAGAAAGAGGUGAUUGCAUGUGACUUCUGCCUGGAUCAGCCCCAGCCAGCCGUGAAAACCUGCCUGGUCUGCAAUGCGUCUUUGUGCCAGGCCCAUCUGAACAAACACAACGCCAAGGUUUCCCAGGAGGAGCACCAUGUGGUGGAGGUGGGCGCAGGCCCUGCGGUGGAGGAGAGGAGGUGCCUGGAGCACGGCAGGCUGCUGGAGUGCUACUGCCAGGAUGAGGGGCAGUACAUCUGCAUGCUCUGCUCUAUUGCGGGAUGCCACAAGGGCCACAGCAUCAUCACCCUGAAGGAGGCACAUGACAAACAGCUGGGUGAACUCUCAGACACCGUGACAUGGCUGCAGGAACGUAAAAGCGCUUUAGCUACUGCCCUAGAAAAGCUCCAGAAAAGUGAGAAUCAGAUCAAGACCAAUACGAAAACAGUGACUUCUCAGCUGCAAAAGCUGUUUGAAGAGCUGAAGACAGAGAUGAUUCAGAAACAGAAGAUGGUCCUGGGUGGCAUUCAAUCCAAUGAGAAAAAACAACUGGCAGACAUUGCCAAAGUGAGGAAAGAAAUGGAAGAGAAGAGAGAUGAGGUUGCACAGUAUCUUCAGUCUUUGCAGAAGAUGAGAGUGCAACCAGAUAUUUUCAUCUUCUUCAAACAUUCGAAAGUUCCCAUCCAGGUUUGGAUUGCACAUCAGAAUUUUGGUGUCAGCGAGAUGGAUGCGGUGGUGGUGCAGCUGAAUCAGGCCAGUGUUGACCACUACCGACGUCUGACGUGGGACUUCAUGAGUCGCCUGGGCACACUGCUGGAAGGUGUGCAGAGUGAACUCGCCAACCAGAUUACGUGGAACAG